AUGAGGAGAAAGGUUGUUAUAGACGUAGAUCAAGGAAUUCUCCCAUAUGAAGAGGAAUACCACCAUGAGUGCAGAGACAGAAAUUCAUCCUCAAAACGCCUAGGAAAUGACGCUAUAAGUAGAGCACUCAAUCAAAGUUUUAGAUCACCUUUCACAUGCAGAAUUAAGGGAGGGAAACUUCCUCGGCGGUUCACUCAACUCAUGUUCGUCAUCUACAAUGGUCAUACAAACCCGGUGGAGCACGUAAGUCACUUUAACCAGAGAAUGGUUGUACACUCCAAGAACGAGACCUUGAUGUGCAAGGUAUUUCCAUCCAGCUUGGGGCCUGUGGCAAUGAGGUGGUUCGAUGGUCUGGGUGCUGGUUCUAUUGACUCCUUCAAGGAGCUCACACGAGCAUUUGGGUCUCAUUUCAUUACAUGUAGUAAGGUUCCUCAGCCCUUGGAUUCUCUAUUGUCCAUGUCCAUGCGAGAAGCUGAGAUCCUAAAAAUGUACUCGGAUAGGACCUCCAAGGUCAACUUGCCCACCAAGCAUGAUUUGAGAAAAUCCUUGACCAAGAAGCCAGUGAGGAAUGUUCAUCGGCUUAUGGACCGCAUUGAUGAGUACAAGUGGAUCGAGGAAAACCAAAAACAGAGCAAAGGGAAGGGUAAAGUUAUCCCUCAAGAGAGGAGGGAUUUUAGGUUAGAUAGAUACAACAAUAAUAGACCCCGAUGGGAUUUUGCUAGACAAUCUAGAUCCACAGCUUUUCAGGUGGUUAACACUGUGUUCCGAGAACCAGUGCAUCAGGUCUUGGACAAGAUCAAGAACGAGUUAUACUUCAAAUGGCCAAACAAGAUGGAAGGGGACCCCUUGAGGUGCAACCAGAGCCUCCAUUGCCAAUACCACCAAGAGCAGGGGCAUACCAUCGAGGAUUACAGAACUCUGUGGAACCAUCUGGAGCAACUAGUCAGAGAGGGAAGGAGGACUGGUUUUCAUCCUUCCAAGGUGAUGUCUGUAGCUUGGCUGUCAGCUGAGGACUCUAAUUCUGAGCCGAAGAGGGCUAAAGUGGAGAUCCGACCGACAUUGAGUUUUUCGGACGAGGACAAGAUGGGAACCAUCCAGUUGCACGAUGAUGCUUUGGUAGUCACCCUCAAAAUAGGUGGGUACGAUGUGAAGAAGGUGAUGGUAGACCAAGGUAGUGGUGCAAAGAUUAUAUACCCCGACUUAUAUAGAGGGCUGAACCUAAAGCCUGAAGACCUGACAGCCUAUGAUUCACCUUUGGUAAGUUUUGAUGGGAAAGUUGUCAUCCCGAGGGAUCAGAUUAGGUUGCCUAUACAGGCAGGAUCAGAAGUGGUCGAAGUAGACUUCAUUGUGGUGGAUGCAUACCGUCCCUACAUGGCCAUUGUGGCCAAACCCUAG